AUGUUAUCAACGAUUCUCAGCGCCUUCGUCGCGGGGAUUCCGGACCAAUUUGUAUCAACUUCAGUGAACGUUAGUAACACGGCCCGGAGUUCCCAAACCUCAGGCUGCAGAACUCAAAUCCGAGGGCACCCCUGGGGAGUGGAUGGCGGUUGGCCACUCGCGGGAGACUCCGCCGGCGCCAGGGGCCCACCGUUCGAGGAGGAGGGCAGGCCAGUGCCGCUGACGCGCGCCGCCUGGGCAGCCGCGCACCCCAGCGCGAUGGUGUUCGCCUUCGCCUCUAGGGUGCUGCAGAACUUGGUGGCCUACGCCUGGCCGGCGUACCUGUCCUACAAGUCCGUCGAGUCCAGGCAGCCGGAGGGCGUCCGCGACUGGUGCAUCUACUGGUUCGUGCUGGCCCUGUUCACGAUCGCCGAGAGGGUGGCGGACGCGUUCCUGUUCUGGGUUCCGCUGUACUAUCCCGCCAAGGUGGCCUUCGUGCUCUACCUGUGGCACCCCAGGACGCUGGGCGCCAAGACGCUGUACGGCAAGGCGGUGAGGCCCACGCUGGGGUCUUACGAGCUGGAGAUCGACCAGGCGGUCGAGGAGGCGCGCGUGUGGGUGAGGGACUGCGUCCUGGUGAAUAAGAAUAAGGCGGUGGACUACCUGCGGGCGAAGGGAACGGAGUUAGCGGCCAAGGCGCACGCGCUCUUGAAGCGGCUUGAGGCGGGAUCCAAUGAGAUCGACAAGAGGGAUUGA